AUGAAACGAAUCUCUGGAGGGUUAUUCAAGAACCGCGUCGGUAACCGUAGGGCAAAGAUUGCUCAGAAAGCAAGCGCCGACGAGGAUCCAACUGCCUCGGAUGAUGAUCUUUCCUUUUCAAGUAGUCCCGUGCCAGGUCCUGAAGGAAAGGUUGCAGAGGACGCAAGAUGGAGCGUUGCUGUUGGUAAAAACAUCCAUGAAGCCGACCACGACGAAGAUGAUGACAUCUACACAUCUGAUGGCGAUGCCGACGAACCAGCAGAGCAUGCUUCUAAGAACAGUGACGUUGCCGCAGUUACCAGUCCAAAGAAGACCACCAACAAGGAUUCCAAGUCACCAAAUUCGCCAAAGCGAAAGAAAGUGAAGAAAAUUGACGCCGCAAUGCCACUGGUGUCUCCUGGAAAGCUAAAGAAGAAAAAGAAGAAGGCUGCCGGCGGUGCUUCCACAGUUACUUCCGCUGAUUCGAGCAAAAGUAAAAAGAAAGGAAAGACUGACAAAACGAAAAAGUCGAAGGAUACAUCCGAUAUUCAAUCCUUUGCCGAAAUUGACAAGCUUUCGGAAAAGAAGAAUAGCAAGUCCAAAAAGAAGACCAAGAAGGGUAUUGCACCUCCAGUUGGAGAUGCCUCUGAUGAGAAGAAGAUCGCAGUGACCAAGCUAUCUAUCCGAUCAAACUUCUUCCAAAACAACCCACUCUAUAUGUCGAUUCGAAAUAACUUUGUCUCGAAGGCAAGGUUGUCCAAUAUCGACGAUGAGUCACAAAGCCCAUCCUCGGAUCAACCCACCCAAGAUCAUCAUUCACAACCGAAGGACAUUGACGGCAAAAAACUCAAAGCUGAUGCAGUGACCAGGAUUCGAGCCUUUGCCAUCUUUCGAGACAGAAUCCAAGAUCAAAAGCAAUUCUUAGCUGCUUUCAAUAAUGCAGAAGACGAUAAGGAAGAUGACACCACCAUGGCCCAAAACAGUAAUCAACACAGAGAAAAGAGCUACAACAAGCUGGUCAGCGAGCUACAGCAAUACGAGAUCAUGUUGGAGAAGGAACGAGAGGAAAUGGCCGACAUUAAGGCCACCAUGCAGCUUCAGCAAGAAUCCGUCGAGCAGCUGCUGCAAGAAGAAACAGAAAAGAAUCGAGAAUUGCAACUGCAAAUGCAACAACUCCAAGAUCAGUUCUACAAUGGUGGCCAAGAUACUCAGCUGGAAGACGUCAAGGAAAAGAAUCGCGUUCUCGAAGCCGAGAACGAACUCCUUCAACAGAAGAAUGAACGCCAACAAGAAACCAUCAACUCUAUUAUGGUUGCCGAAAAGUCCGAAAUGAAGCGCCAACUCUCAGUUGGUCCUUUGGAAGAUCGCAAACCCACUUUGGAUAACUACUUGGUGUCUCCCUCUACCACCCGGCGCAAAUUUCGUCCUACCCGUCCUUCCAUUGCCGAAGAGGGGUCGACGGAGUUGCGAAUGGACGAUGACGAUUCUCCCGACUGGGACGAACAAAGUGGAUUCAUGUCAAUGUCUUCGAUGAGCGGCAAAGCCCAAGGAGAACUUCUUCAGUUGAGGUCUACGCUCAAGAACAAGACAUCAGCUUUGGAAGAACAAGCCAAGGAACUUGCACAAGUCAAGAGAGAUUUGGAAACUUUGAAGGAAGAUCAGGGAGUCAAGAACUUGACCAGACACGUCGAGAAUUUGGAGAAUGAAAAGAAGUUCUUUGUAUCCGAGAUCGGAAAGCUAAAAAAGGAAUUGGAUGAAUCUCGCAGGCGAGAAAUGGCAGCGGCAGAAGCAGCUACUGGCACAACUGCGCCUACGCCUCCACAGGCAGAGAAAGAAACUGUCGACUCGGGUUGGUUUGGAUUUGGAUCAAGAACGCCCAGCAAAACGGAAGCAGCCACUCGCUUGGCUCCUAAAGACAAAACUAAGGAUAUCGUCAACGAUUUAAACGGAUCGAUGGUUUACGAGGAGCCGUCAUCAUCAGAAUCCGAAACUGUCCAACAAGAGAAACAACCUGCUAGACUAUCAGGUCUACUCGAUUUUUAG